AUGCAAUAUAUUUCAUUUGAUUUUGAACAUCAAUGUUUAGAAGAAAUUGGACAUUUAGGAAUAUUAGGAAUUAUUUAUGAGUCAUACACUCUAUCAUUUGGUAAUGAACAUAAAUGUUCAAUAGAAUUAAUUGACUAUGAAGAAACAAAAUCAGUUAUGAAAGGUAUUUUACGUGUUAAAAAUGAAGACUUUAUUCAAGUUUAUUCAUCAAUGUUAAUGACAGUAUUUUAUAAAACAAUGGCUUGUAAUUUUAAAAGGAUUGAAUAUGGACCUUCUUUGUUAUCAAUAGCUAAUACUUCUUAUUUAAUUAAUUUUUAA